UUAGAUCUAGUUAUUGUUUUUAAUAUACUUGAAAAACAUGGCGAACGACGACGCCAAACUAAAAUUUCUUCCUCGACAUUUGCAAAGAUCACAACCUGCAGUGACACAUAAAUCGAAGAGAAGAGUUACAGUUGAAGAGUCCAAUGCCGGAGACGAAGAAUCCGAUCGUAGAAGUGUUUUUGAUCGAUUGGGCCCUGGAGCAAGUACGCAAAGGAAUGAGAAAGCAAGAUCAGGUUUUGAUUUUCAAGACCACAGUAUUAUCUCCCAUCCAGGCAAAGACAGAAAAAAAAGAGAAGAAAACAGUCCUGAUAGUCUGAAGCUAAAAUUUAAAAGUGGCAAAGACAGAGAGACCAAAGUGAAAUCUCAGGUGGUAGUGCGGGGUAAGGCAGGUGGCAGUGAUGAGGAGUCUGGAGAAGAUUCUGAUGGCUGGUCAAUAGGGGCUCUUGAGGAUAAAAAAGAAUUGGAGUUAGAGCAAAAGCGCUUGGAAAUUCAGAGAGCUUUGAAAGCAUUAGAAGCAGGAGAGGAUUUGGCUACAGAUACAAAAAAAUCUGAUUCCUCUGAUUCUGAGAGCAGUCCAGAGAGAUCUCACAAAAAGAAAAAGGAUAAAUCAAGCAAGAAGAAAGAGAAGAAGAAACAUAAGAAGAACUUCCCUGAUAAGGAAUUAUCAACAGAAAAGAUAAAAGAGGGGAAAAGAAAGCAUGAUUCAGAUGAUGACGAUGAGAUUCCACACAAAAAAAGAAAGAAGAAAAACAAGGAUAAAAAGCACGGGGAAAGUCCUCCCCCUUCAUUUCCAUCUGACUCAGUUAAACAAAAGAAAUCUAGUCAGGUCAAACCCAGUAAAUCUUCUCAGGAUCUCUAUGACCCAGCGUCACCUACUUCAGUUGCUCGUGUGGAUACACCCAGUGAUAAGCAGUCGUUGUCUGGGUCACCUAAACCAAAGAAUAAGUCCAAGAAGAAAAAGAAGAAACUAAAAAACCAAGAGGAGCCUUCUGGGAAAUCCAAGAAAGUUUUGUCUCCCUUGAAGAAAGUACUGAAGUUAAAACGAGGCUCUGCAUCUGCUGGAUCAUCCCGGCGAUCCAGGUCUGUCAGCCAUGAUAUUCCCAAAAGGGCGUCUCUUUCUAGGUCCUCAUCUAGUUCCUCGCGGAGUUCAAGCUCACGCAGUCCAGUGAGGAGAAAGAAGAGUGUAGAAUCCAGCAGAGAAAGAGGGACAAAAAAAAUAUCUAAGCCCGUGGACAAGAAGAAGAGAGGUAGAAGCCCACGGUCCUCUUCCACCUCCUCUAGAACUUCCUCCACGACCUCAUCGUCAGCAUCUCGUGGGCAAAAGAGGGUGAGGAAGUUCAGUCCCUCCCCAGCCAGGCAUCCAGCACAUAAGCAGAGAUCUCCAGUUGUCUCUACAAUCAGGAAAGAUGUGAAGGGAAACAAAAGAAACAAGAGGGGAGCUCAUUCAGACAUUUGGAGCAAAGCAAAAGAACGAGGUAGUGAAGGUAGACAAGAGAGUUUGGAAAAGGGAAGUGACAAAAUGAGAGGAAGAAAGAGCAAUCAAGACAACAAUCGGCACAACUUUUCCCAUUUGGGGCGUGGUGCUGAUGUCAGCAGGCCAAGCUUAAAAGAGGGUAGGAAAAAUGUGAGAGAGCCAAAGGGAAGGAAGUCUGACACCAAGGAUGGUGGCAGAAAAGAUGCCAGAAGCUUGGGAAAAGCAGGAGAGCUCAGAAAAGAUAGAUUGAAAGAAAGAGAUAGAAGUGAUUCUCUUCUAAGUAAAGAUCGAGAGAAGAGAGGAGUCUCACUGGAUAGAGAAGACAGAAGCAGAAGAGGACAACAAAAUCAGCAGGUUGAAAGAAGCACUCGCUUUGGUCAGCAUGGGGGUGAUGACACUGAACGGCGCCACUUUGAGGAGCCAGUCAGGCGCUUUGGUGAAGGAACCAUGAUAUAUAGAUUUGGCAUGGAGAGAUCAAGAUCUGGAUUAGAAAGAGGUCUAGGUCUUUACAGACUCAGGGAAGCAAGAGAGUGGGUCUGGGGUCGAGGACGUUUUGCAGGGACUGGUAGAGGUAAUGAUGCUCCGGCACGCUUAUUGGAUCAAGGUCAAAGCAGAGGCGGCAGAGAUUGGGAGGAGCGGGGAGGAGGGAGACGAGAAGGUGAUGAAUGGGAAACCAUCAAGAAUAGAGCAGGAGCAAUGGGUGCUUCAAGAGAAGACGGAAGAGACUUUGGUGGAGGGAGAGAUGAUCGCAGGGGAGUAGGUGUUAUAAGAGAACUGAUGUCCAUUUCCAUUGGUGAAAAUAACAAAUCUUUAGGGUCUGAUUUAAGAGACAGGUCACUGCAAAGGGGUCAAGGUUUUCGUGAUGAUUUCAGUGGCAGGGAAAGCAUCGGCUCUGACAAGCGAGACUGGAAACAGAGAGAAGAUUCUGCAGAUGUCUUGAAGCAAGCCUCCAAGGACCGUGACAGGAGUGUCAAGGAUGAUGUGACUGAGUCCCGGCAGUCAAAAAAUGGUGCCAAGCAACCCCAGGAGUCAGUGAAAGACAAAUCUUUAGACAGAGACAAGUCAAAAAGUGAAAAAAAGGCUAGCAGCAAGCAGAGUGCAGUGGCAAAGGUAGUCAAGUCAGAAUCCCCUGUUGCGAGAGAUGAGCCUUCCUUGGCCUCUCUCUUUUCUCAAACUGAUAUGGUGGUCAGCAAGAAGAAGCAGAGCACAAGCUUUGGUGGGAAGAAAAGUUCUAAAACAAAAGAAGACCCCAAAGCAGCAGAGAAGUCAAAGGCAGGCACGGCCAACAGAGGUGGGCUCAGGAUUAGAGAGAAACCUGUGGCAGCUACUACAACUGAUGAUGGUGACAAAUCCAAAGAUGCCAGCAAGGAAGAUAAAGCUGGGAAGAAAGAAGAUACAUCAAAAGAGAAACUUGCCGGAGCUUCCUCCCCAAAGAGCUCACACAAAAAUAGUGAUCAGGUAGAGACCAAGCCUUUAAGGAAAUCCAAGACCCCAGAAGGGAAGCGCGGCUCCACCAGGUCUCCUAGUGGAUCAACUAGGUCACCAGGCAAGUCCACACAUUCGCCUGCCCCUUCUGUCAGCCGAGAGAAAGAAAGCAGUGAGCACAGUAAGUCCCCUGCUGCUGAUGGGAAAGAGCUCAAAAAGAUAGGGGAUAAAAAAAAUGAGAAAAGUAAAGCCUCUGAAAAGCCUAAAGGGAAGAAGACAAGGUCAAGGUCUAACAGUGGUUCAGACUCCGAGUCCAGGCAGAGUGGAGUGGUUUUGGAAGAGAACAAAAGACGCAUGUCUUCAGACAGUGAAUCUUUUCCUGCAAAAUUAGAAGGUGGGGACAUAGCAGCAGCUAUGUUGGAUGGAAUAGAUGAUGGUCAGCAAGAGUUCAGUGACUGGUCAGAAAACAGUUCAGGUGACAGCAUACUGUUUCAGGUUGAAGAUCUGGAUAACAACAAUGACUUUUACCGUCCCCCACGACACAGGCAGAGCCCAGCUAACAUAAACAGAUUUGAGCCCAGAGAGUCCAGACCAGAGCCACUUUUAAGGAGCAAUAAUGAAAUAGUUCCAGAAAAGCUCAUGGGCCGCGUAAGUGACCGCAUGAGUGACCGCUUGAGUGACCGCUUAACUGACAGGGACAAAGUGAAGCACUCAACAUACUCUAAAGGUCCAGUGGAAGCUAGUGCCCCAAGUAUCAUGCCACCUCAUACUACCAUCAACUUCAAAAUACUAGAUGACAGCCAGACAGAGAAACCUGUCAAGGAAAAGAAGAAAAAGCAUACAGAUGAUGUUGGUUAUGAGGAGAUCUCUUCAGAUGAAGAUGAUUUGGAUGAAGAGGGGGAGAAGCUGACAAAGAGAACCAUCGUGGGCAUAUUGGACAUUGACAUGGCUGCUCUGAUGUCCACAAACAAAGCCCCAUCUUCUAGUGCUCCUGUAUUCCAGCGCUUCAAGCCAGCCAGUCUGUUUGCUGAAAUUGGCUUGUCACGCCAGUUUGCUGGAGAAAAGCUGUACCAGGAGGUUCAGGAAACUUGUCAGAGGCAGUUGGAGGAAUUGGCAGCACUGGAGAAGGCAUCUGUGAAUGAUGAAGUGCAGUCAGACAGUCCCAGCAUUCAACAGACUCCACCCAGCAAGGUGAAAAAUGAGUUUUCUGAAGGGCAAUCAGCUUCAGAUGUUCAUGUCAAACAAGAGUUAAUAACUGCUGAUGUCAAGACUGUUACUCCAUCUGCAGAUGAGAGCAGCAGCCAGACCAAACCUCCCUUAACACCCCAGAAAACAUUAUCCAAAAAAACAGAGUUUGCCAAGCCUGUGAGAACACCAUCACAGCCAGUCGAAUCCAAGCCCGCCUUCAAGCUGUACAGUGAUACCUCUGCUUACCAUAAACUUUACAAAACUAAGGCUCUUGACAGAUCUCGCCUCUUGGCCAACUUUGGCAUGUUCCGGCGUGCCUUAACUGCCAGAAAAGACCUGGAAAUACGCAGACAGUUGUGUAGGAUUGAUCCUAAAUAUGACCAGAGUGCAGUGUAUCCCUCAGGAGUUUUAGACCCAGACAAUUUCAGACUUUGCCUUCAGCUAUUUAAACAGAAGAACCCCACAGUGUUAGCUGCCCCAAUGGCAGCAUCUGCUUGUGUUUCCUAACUUGGAUGUGCCCCUGAGAGUACAUAUUGUCUGGCAUAGUUCACAAUACAUUCAUUGAACAUUUCAUUAUUGUUUUAUAAAUAUGUAGAGAAACCGAAAUAAUCAUUUGCACUUGAGCUCACAGGUCUGAGUGAAUUUAGAGUAUUUGAUGUUCUUUGUAUAAUAACUUGUGUAUAUUUAACAAUGAAAACAGUUCUAUGAAAAAUGUUUUUUAUUUAGCAAAUGAAAUAUUUUGUUUAUAAUUGUCAAUAAAUUUUUUUUUUUUGAA